UACUCUCAGGACGAUUUUUCCAGAGGACAGAUAUGCAGACUCUCUGUCUGAGUCCAGCGAUGGCUCCAGCGUGGAUGGCCAGCGGCAGCCCGACCAGCUGUGCCAGGACAUAGACUCGAUGUCGCCGGCUGAAAGUGACCACAGGCGGUUGGCUAGAAGGAAGCUUUUUAUGGCCUGCACCGUCAGCCUCGUCUUUAUGAUUGGAGAGUUGAUUGGUGGAUACGCUGCUCACAGUCUGGCCAUCAUGACAGAUGCAGCCCAUCUUGUGACUGACGUUGGCAGCAUCGGGAUCAGCAUCUUCUCUCUGUGGAUCUCAACCAGGCCUCACACACACACCAUGACAUUUGGGUGGCAUCGAGCAGAGAUUCUGGGCAUGUUGCUGUCAGUUGUGUCUAUCUGGGCCGUGACAGCAGUGCUGGUCAUAUCAGCCAUUCAGAGGAUCACUGAUGGAGACUACGACAUCGACAGUCAGAUCAUGCUCCUGACCUCCGGCUGUGCAGUGGGGGCCAACGUCCUUAUGGUCCUGAUCCUCCAUCAGUCUGGAUCCUCACACGGCCACAGUCACAGCUUUCCCAGCAACCGGCUGCAGACGGAAAGACAGCGCCAGGGGCACGGCCACGGCAGCGUGAAGGCGGCCUUCAUCCACGUGGUGGGAGAUCUGGUGCAAAGUGUCGGGGUCCUGCUGGCUGCCACCAUCAUCCACUUCUGGCCUGAAUAUAAAGCAGCGGAUCCAAUUUGCACGUUCCUGUUCUCAAUUUUUGUUCUUGGAACAACACUCCCAGUCACAAAGGAUGUUUUCGUUAUCCUGAUGGAGGGAGUUCCUCAGGGCAUUACCUCCAGCACUGUGAGAGAGCUGCUGCUGUCUGUGAGAGGAGUUGUGGGUGUUCACAGUCUGCACAUGUGGAGCCUCAACAUGACUCACUCUUUACUUUCUGUCCACGUGGCCACAGAAGAAGAUGCUGACUCACAGAUCGUUCUCAGGAAGGCAACAAAGCUCCUGCGCUCUGAGUUUGGUUUCUCCAGUGUCACAAUCCAAGUGGAGAGUUAAAGGACGCCCGCUGACUGGAUGAGGACAGUGGACACUGAUGAGUCAAGCGCUGGUUUACUGCUUAACAGUCUCUAGUACAACUGAACAUUUAUACAUUUCAGGAGUUUGUCUGCAAUUGUUUAAUGCAAUAAGCAGAUCCUUACUAUCUCGCUGUUUAGUAAUCCUCAGUCAGGUGUUGCUUCUAGCUUCUAUACAUUUUAUUCACAGGGAAUUCCUGUAAAGGGCUGCGAGUCUUUGACAGAAAUAUUUAUUCAUGCUGUUACUACGGUCAUGUUUGAGCUUUUGUUUACUAAUUAAACUCUACUGGCAGUCAUUACAUUGUCAUAAUAAGUUAUUUUUUAUUUAUGAAGCAGCAGAAUGUCAGGUUUUGAUGGGAUGAUUUAUGUGACUAUUACACAGAUCUAACUGUAAUAAGGCCUGUGUGUAAAUGUAGUCAGUAACAAAUGUUUUUAUUUACAUAUGAAGAGACACAUCCACUUUUUGUGAAGCGGGUUGAU